AUGUCCAAGUUGAUCGCCAUUGUUGCCGGUGUUGGUGCUGGUACCGGCGCCGCUGUUGCACGCAAGUUCGCAGCAACAUACCCAGUCGUGUUGCUGGCAAGAAACCCAGAUAGCUUCAAGAGCCUCGCCGAGGAGAUCAAUUCAAGCGGCGGCAAAGCCUUCGGUAUCAGCACCGACGUCUCAGACUCAAAGAGCGUCCAGAAUGCCGUUAAUGCCAUCAAGAAAGAGUUCGGAUCCGAUGUGGGAGCUGCAGCAGCCAUCUUCAAUGCCAGUGGAGGCUUCACGCGAGCGCCGUUCCUCGAGCUGCCAGAAGAAGCUUUCACUCAGUCGCUAGCUGUCAGUGCAACGGGCGGGUUUCUCUUUUCCAAAGCUACACUUCCCUUCCUCCUGCAGGGUGUGAAUCAAAAGUCUCAGCACCCUCCAUCGCUUAUUUUCACUGGUGCUACCGCUUCUCUGAAGAGCAGCGCGCAAAUGUCGUCCUUCUCGACCGGUAAGUGGGCGCUCCGAGCACUCUCGCAAAGUUUGGCAAAGGAGUUCGGACCACAGGGUGUGCACGUUAGUCAUGCAAUCAUCGACGGUAUUAUUGACAUCCCUCGAACGAGGGAGUGGAUGAAAGAGGCGGGUCCAGAUGCCAAGUUGAGCCCAGAUGGAAUUGCGAACGACUACUGGUACCUGCACACACAACCGAGAAGCAACUUUACAUGGGAACUUGACCUGAGGCCCGCUGUGGAGAAGUGGUAA